CACACACACACAGAGAGAGAGAGAGAGACAGAGAGAGAGAGAUGAUCGAGUAGAGAUACACACACAGAUAGAGGGAUACAGGUCCGUCUCCGUGUUGAGCUGUGUGUGUUUUGUUUCUGGACGCGUUGAAUGAGCGACGCGCCGCGGUUCAUCUCUGAUGGAGGAACGCAAACGCUGACGCGACAAUGGGCUCUGAAUCUCUCCACGACUGUCUGCGCGGACGGUGUCUGGGCAUCCUCAGACGGAUGGAGAUCAGCUCCCGCUUCCGCUAUUACUUCCAGCACCCCUGGUCUCGUCUGGUGGUGGCCUACCUGGUCACCUUCUUUAACUUCCUGGUCUUCGCCGAGGACCCGGUGUCACACAGCCAGACGGAAGCGCACAUGAUCGUGGUGGGAAACUGCUUCUCGUUCGUGGUCAAUAAAUAUCCCGGAGGAGGAUGGAACGUCCUCAAGGUCCUGAUGUGGAUCCUCGCCAUCAUCACGGGCCUCAUCGCCGGCAAGUUCGUGUUCCAUCGACGCUUGUUCGGUCGUCUCCUGCGUCUGAAGAUGUUUCGUGAGGACCACGGCUCUUGGAUGACCAUGUUUUUCAGCACGAUUCUCUCGCUCUUCAUCUUCUCUCACAUCUAUAACCUCAUUCUGCUCGUGAGCGGACGGAUGGGGCCGUACAUGGUGACGGAGUACAUGGGCAUCAGGAACGAGAGCUUCAUGAAGAUGGUUGCUGUAGGAACGUGGAUGGGUGAUUUUGUGACAGCGUGGAUGGUAUCAGACAUGAUGCUGCAGGACACUCAUUAUCCGGACUGGGGCCGGAGCGCCAGACACUUGUGGAGACAGGGGCACAACCGCAUUGUUUUGUUCUGGGCGGUGCUGAUCUCUCUGACGUCUGUGGUGGUUCUGGUCAUCAGUACGGACUGGAUCAGUUGGGAUAACUUGAACCGUGGCUUCUUGCCGAGCGACGAGGUCUCCAGAGCGUUGGCCUCCUUCAUCCUGGUCUUUGACCUCCUCAUCAUCAUGCAGGACUGGGAGUUUCCUCACUUCAUGGGCGAUCUGGACAUGAACCUCCCGGGUCUUUCCACCACCCAGCUGAAGAUCAAACUGCCAGUCUGCAAGAGCAUCUUUAAGGAUGAGUACCACAUCCACAUCACGGGGAAAUGGUUUAAUUACGGAAUCAUCUUCCUGGUCCUCAUCCUGGAUCUCAACAUGUGGAAGAACCAGAUCUUCUACAAGCCCUAUGAAUACGGUCAGUACGUAGGUCCAGGAGAGAAGAUCUACACUGUAGAGGAUCCAGAGACGCUGCGCGACUUCAACCGCAGCACGCUAACCUGGGAAUGGCGCUCCACCAACAUUGACCCGCUCACCAACCAGACGUACGUCCAGAGAGACAUGUUCCUUCACAGCCGCUACGUGGGCACCAGUCUGGACGUCAAAUGCCUUGCGUUCAUCCCGAGUCUGGCGGUCUUUGUACUCUUCGGGUUCUUCAUCUGGCUGUUCGGACGCUUCCAAGACAGCGAGACGUUCCCUGAGAAUCAAGACAAGAGCUACGAGCGCAUCAAGCGCAAGUCGCCAUCUGAUCUGGGAGUGACACCGGAGGAAGUGCACAUCACCAUGAGCGAGGCCUUGAAGCGGAGCGGGACACCCAUGCUGCUGCUGGUGGACACUCAUCAUUUCGGGUCGUCAAACAACUCCAUGUCGCCAUGUUCGAACGAAACCCAGGAGACCCAACCCAGUGUAACCAUUGACAGCGGCGCCCAUGAGGACAAAGCUGAUGUCAAAAAACUGACCCCAUGACCGUAGCCAAAGGUCAAAUCGACUUUCUGAGAUCCUCUGCGUUGUUUGAUGUCCAACAGACUCAAACAGACUCAGAAGUCGAUUGGCGCUCGAAGUCCUCGGAAAACUUAUCACAGACUCUACCUUGAAUUUUUUAUUUUUAUAUCAAGCGAUCUUGCACUGCGCACCAACUUUCUGAGCUUUUUCCACUUUCCUCAAGGACAUUGGUCUAUGGUGCUGGAUGUUUGACUUUUCUAUGUCUUUUUUUAAUGUAGAUACUCCUGUGCCUACAUGAAUGAAAUGCUGUCCUCACAGUGAACGCAUGGCAUGAUGGUCAUGAAAAUACUUGUAAUGAACACCUAAAUCUGUGCCUUCAUUAAAAAAAAAAAAAAAACCUUGAAGGCAGUGCUGGGUAGAUUAUUUACAAAUUGUAGUCUGUUAUUGAUUCCAAAUUACAUGACAUAAAUUGUAGUUAGUAACGCAAUCCAUUACAUUACACUUUUAGGUAAUAUAAUCAGACUACUUUUAGAUUACUUUUGAUCUAACUUGUUUAUCACAUUGAUUUAAAUAGGAUAUUCUUGUACCAUAUUGAUAUAAAAAUACUAAGAGUAAGCAAAUAUAUUCCAUUUGUUGUUAUUAACAGCAUAAAGUGCAUUAAACAUUACAUCAAGGUUUCCUAAACUGGGCUUUGUGAAGGAACUGAAGGGGGGGUUGUGAGUUUAUUGAAAAGCUAAUAAUUAAUUAAAUCAUAAAAAUGUAAAAUUAAAAUAACAACAAUUACAAUAAAAUACUUACUAAAAACUUAUAUUUGGAUGUCAUGUGACCAUUAACUGACUUCAAAGGACAGUGAACCUGCAAAAGUUCGUAAAUACAUAGGUCAAAUGUCGUCUUGUGUGAAUGUCUAAACUUUCUGGUUGUACUGUAUAUAAGUGGUAGGCUAUUUUAGAAAAGAACAUUUAAGAGACUAAAAAGAAUAAUUAAGAAGAAUCAAUAAAUUCUGAACAAUUUAUUGCUAUUGUGGCAAUAGUAAUCAAUAAAAAAGUAACUGUCUGUUUACAAGUAUUUUAAAAUGUAAUCUAAUUCCAAGUACUUAAUUUUUGGAAUCUGAUAACAUUAUCCAGAAUACAUGUAAUCAGUUACUACCCAGCACUGAUUGUAGGUUACAGAAGAUCAUGUCAAAUCAUUAUCUGUUGAGCUAUUUAUCAAUUAUUUACACACCAAACUGCUGUGCAACCAAAUAUGUUCACAUGCAUGUAUUGGAAAAUCUGAUUUAUCUUGACAAUUAGAAUUAGAAUAUAUGCACUUGUUACUACUUUAUGCUUCAUUUCAGUAUUUUCAGGUUCAGCCAAAGCAAAAACUGAUUACUUUGUCUUUUAUACGUGUGUGGUUUUGAAAUCUUCACCACAGUGUUUUGUUUUCCCAUCAUCUGUCCAUGAUGGUCCUGUGUGAUUUUCUGAUGAGCAGAUGAGCCCCUCUUAAAAUGUUUGGACGGUAAAUAUCAGAUAUAUUUGCUUCAAACCCUGUUAUCAAUAAAGACCUUCUUCUGACACGCAGGUACCGUGUUAUUUCAGCGGUCGCAUGUUAUCGUUGGAAAUGGUUCUUCUUGUAUCGAAACGCUUCCAAAGUGGUGUUAGUUGCCGGUAGUCGUGGUCCGGUGUGACCUUGUUGCCAAGCAACCCCC